AUGAGCCAUCGUUCCGUGACAUAUAGCCCUCCUCCAGGACCGCCAAACACAGCCAAUACACAUGCUACAGUUGCACGGGGUCUGGUGGUCACUCAAGAGAGAGACAAGGAGCAAGAAGAUAGACUUGCUAGAGCCCUGGAGAUUAUAUCCGCCUCGAUGCUACCACCUCAGCACACCAUCGAUCAAAUCCGAAAAAGGAUCUACUCAUAUCUCUUGGGAUAUAAUCAAGUGGAUCCUCCUCAUAUAAAUGAAAUUAAGGACAUACCUCGCUGGAAACGACUCAUCAUCUAUCUUAUGGGACCCCCAUUGGAUGGGCUCAGAUCGUUUUCUCAGUACGUUAUCCUGCAAAUACACAUACUAUACAACGUGACACUGAUGAUGGUAUCCAUUGUGUCGACCCCGCCGUUGAUCUUUUACGUGGUGGGUUUCGUGCUAUUUUGGACGAAAGUGGUGUACGAGAUGUACAGAGAUGUCGUCCACAGAGACGAUCAGUUCCACACCUCAUUUCUCAGCCGCGAGCUAGCUCUGAUGGCCACCAUUUCGGCAUCCUAUGGCGUUGUGAUGAAGUUCAAGACCGAGGCAGGUAUCAUUACAGAGGCAUGGUGGUCAACUCUGACAUAG